AUGAGAAUUCGUAUCAUUGACAAGACCUUCAAACAUAUCCAACAAUUGAGUACGCUUCCAAAUGAGCACGACCUUACCGUUCAAAGUGGCUAG